GUGUGUUCUCUCAUAUGUUUGUAAAUUGUAGUCUGGAGACGCCGCUGUGUGGAUCUCAGCGCGCAAAUGUUAUUUUCCAAUGUUGAUAAACCUUCCUUGUUUGGAUUUUAUUUAAAAAUUACUGGUCUUUAGAAACAGCGGGAUAGAAAAUCUUGGCGACAUUGUGGAUCUUGACGAACCGAACAAGGCAGGAAGAGAGAGUAUAAUGGUCCUUAGUCAGAUGGAUGCCGGUAAAGCUUUGACGGCGGCGGCAGCCAAAGGGAAUACGAGCGAGGUGCAGAGGAUCCUGGAGGAGAGCCGAGUGCAUCCUGAUACUCUCAAUGAAUUUGGCAUGACUGCACUGCAGGUGAUGAUGAUGGGGAACUCCAAGAUUGCGAGUUUGCUGUUGGAAAAAGGAGCAGACCCCAACAUCCAGGACAAACAUGGGAUAGCGCCUGUCCACGAUGCAGCCCGAACAGGAUUCGUGGACACUCUGCAGGUUCUGGUGGAGUACGGUGCUUCGGUAAACCUCCCGGACCAGAGUGGGGCCCUGCCUAUCCACAUUGCCAUCCGGGGCGGCCACCGGGAUGUUGUGGAGUUCCUGGCACCGCGGUCCGACCUGAAGCACGCCACCGUCAGCGGGCAGACAGCGAUAGACGUGGCCCGAGCUUCGUGUGUGCCUGAUAUGAUUGACUUGCUUUUCGCUCACAUUCAUAGUUAGUCAGAAGUCUGGGUGCCUUCUGGGUAAACAUAACCUCACACUUUUUUUUUUUUUUUUUGUCUGUUUUUUGCUUUAAACCUGGUGACUUGAAUUCAUUGCUGUGUAAAGGAUUCAUUUUUUGUGAUUAGUGGCUCAGAAUUAAUAUGUGACACAGGACAUAUUGUCUUGGCAGCUUAUUUUCAGUGGAUUGGGUGGCUACAGUAGAGUAGACACCUCUUUUGCACAGUGCAAUUUAGGCACCUUAUAUAUCUGUUUUCCCUAUUAAUUGGGAGUGCACAUUUGUAGAUAGUUUUCCCUCAGUGUUUUGUAAUUAUUGCAUUAUUUCUAUUGUGUAAGAAUUGUAACAGUUGAUACAAUGUAUGUGUUUUUUUAAAAAUUUUACAAACUUGACAUGGUGCACCCUGAUUGCUUUGCAUAGUUGUGUUUCUCUCGAUUAGAUGUACUUAGACUUUGAAUUUACUCUUAUUUAUUGUUGGAAUAGGACUGAAUAUUCCUGUGACUUUGUAAAUAGCGACAUUUAUUGUGAUUUGUUGAAAUGUUAUUUAUAUAAAUACUUUUAAAGCAAAAGUGAGAUUAUUCACUUUACUAUU